AUGCGCUUCCUUCAACUACUCUCCGUCUCGCUUGCCGCUGGCGUGCUGCCAGUGAGAGCUUCGAGCUGCCCUCCGUUCCCUUCUUCGAUGGUCGAAUUCUCUUCUGAAUUCAAACAGCCAGAUCCUCCUAUGGUAAAGGCUGAAUAUGAGACCAACUUUAUCCAACACAAGUGGAACCAAAACCUGUCGCACAUCACGACUGGUUUCAUCAAUAACUCGCCAUCCCAGAAUUUCGUUCGGGUCGAUGAAGCCUUCGAGGGUGGUCUGGCCUCGUCCUUCUUCAAUUACACCAACACUACCAAGGAAGGUUUGGUGGACAACACUUUGACCACCUUUGGUCACGAAUCCAAUGAGCCAACUAUAUGGAGGGGAUACGUCAACUCGAACUUCCCUUUGUUCCCUGAAGACAUACUAGUCCAAAGUGGUGCUGUUUUCAGCGGACUGGUCCGGCGACAGUUCAACAAGGACCUUGUGGCAGCUUGGAAUAUUAUGUACCAGGGAGCUAUUCCUGUCACAGUCUACAUGAGCAACUGCAAUGUCAUGGUCGGGUACGACUAUUUUUCUUCUGGAUUACGUACCAGAGUCAUCACUGAAUACUUCAACAUCCAAGCCUAA